AUGCCGCUCUCUCAAGGAGUCGCAAAGAUUCAGUAUUCUGCCAUGAGUGCCCUUUUCCGAAUUACCACCAAAAAUAUAUUUUACCAACACGAAGACUUGUUUGGGUCUCAAAGAGUGGUUGAUGAGCUGGUUGACGACAUUGCUGUGACUCUUGAUCUCGAUCGUUCAGACCUGAACAUAGUAGCAACAGCCAAAGGUGUUGUAGCAGGACCGUUGAUAAUUUGGCUUCGUGACGGCCAAUCUGUAGAUGCGUCAUCUGGAGACGUGGGCGUUAUGAUACCGCCUUCCGAUUCCAUACAAGGCGUUGAGCUUGGGGCAAUUCGUUGGAUUCUUGUCCUCGAAAAGGAUGCAACUUUUCGAUCUCUUUCGGCAUCUCGAUACUGGCAACGAUGCCUUUGGGGAGAUGGGCUGCUUAUCACAGCCAAGGGAUACCCCGACAUGAUUACCAGGUCGUUUCUCCAUUCACUCAGUGGUCGGCGGCCAGACGUGCCGGUUUUUGUUUUGGUAGACUUUGACCCUCACGGCUUAAACAUAUUUCACUGCUUCCUCCAUGGAUCCGGAAACGUCCUCACCGACUCAGCCAUCCGCAAUGGCUCCAUGCGAUUCCUUGGCAUCAAGUCGCGUCACCUCUUUUCCAUCAAUGUAGCGAACCCAGCUUCCCUUGCACGUGUCGGCGCACCAGCGGAGAGACAAGCUUCGACCUCGCCAAGUGGUGCUACCGCAGCCAUGUCAGCUGAACAUGCGCAAGUGACAACCAGUGUCCUUGAUACGGGGGAUAGAAAGCUGAUAUGUCACACUCUGAACCGGCUGUCUCCCUCUCACGCUGCCGAUUCGACAUGUGCAACUCUUGUGCAGGAGCUCCAGGUCAUGCAAAUGCUCGGGUACAAAGCAGAAAUCCAAGCGUUGGGCGACGGCGGAAAUUUGGAGAAAUGGCUCGAUGCACACAUUGGAGAGGAGCUGCACGCGUUGUAG